UCUCUCUUCUAACACAUGAGCUGGAAUGAGAAAGACCAGAUUAUGACGUCAAAUGUAUGGCUAAAACAAUUGUGGAACGACUACCGGUUGGCGUGGAAUCCGGAUGACUACGACGGACUUGGUAUACUUCGAGUACCCUCACAGAUGAUUUGGCUACCGGACAUAGUACUUUUCAACAAUGCCGAUGGCAACUAUGAAGUGACACUGAUGACCAAGGCACUGGUGUAUGCUAAUGGUGAUGUGUACUGGUUGCCUCCAGCCAUCUACAAAAGUUCGUGUAAAAUCGACGUACAGUAUUUCCCGUUCGACGAGCAGCGAUGUAUAAUGAAGUACGGCUCGUGGACCUACGACGGGUACCUGGUGGAUCUGGUGCUCAUCAACGAACAGAUCGACCUGGAGGACUACUGGGAAAGCGGAGAGUGGUCCCUGGUCGAUACACCGGGCGUGCGCAACACGGUGAAAUACGCGUGCUGCGAUACGAUCAAUGUUGACAUUACGUUCACCAUUCACAUCAUGAGGAAGCCGUUGUUUUAUACUGUAAACUUAAUCAUACCAUGUGUUUUGAUAUCGUUUUUGACUGUUUUGGUGUUUUAUCUGCCGUCCGAUUGUGGGGAGAAAAUCACCCUCUGUAUUUCGGUCUUGCUGGCCCUAACUGUGUUUCUCCUUUUGAUUUCGGAUAUAAUUCCCCCGACGUCGUUGGUCAUCCCGCUUAUCGGCCGCUACUUGCUAUUCACUAUGGUACUAGUGACGGUAUCCAUUAUCGUCACCGUCAUUGUACUGAAUAUCCACCACCGAGCGCCGAGCACGCACACCAUGUCGCCGUGGAUCCGCAAAGUCUUCCUGGAGAUUUUACCUCCGUUGCUACUGAUGAAGCGACAAUCAAAAAACAAAGGGUCCGGUGGCAGACGCCGAGACCGCCGAUUACCGCCGUGCGUACGAUCUCGGAACGCCAAAUGGUGGCAUAGAGCUGCACGAGAUGUUGCGCCGCACUUCGAGCACGUGCGGCGAAGGCACGUACAGCGAGAACAAGCGUGGCCGAGAGCAGGCGGACAAAUGCCGCGUCCGCAAAAACCUGUGGACGCCAGGUUUAAGGAGGCAAUCAGAGGGGUCAACUAUGUCGCUCAACAUCUGAAGAAUGAGGACGAAUUCGAAACGAUCAGUGAAGAUUGGAAGUAUGUCGCGAUGGUCGUGGACCGCAUUUUCCUGUGGAUAUUUCUCGUCGUUGUACUGAGCGGAACUGCUGGAAUACUAUUAUCAGCGCCUACGAUAUACAUGGAUCGGAAAGUGCUAGGAUAG